CCGCCCCGGGAGUGGCUGCAGCAGCGCCAGGAGUCGAGGAUGGUAAAAUGACCCAGGGGAAGAAGAAGAAACGGGCCGCGAACCGCAGUAUCAUGCUGGCCAAGAAGAUCAUCAUUAAGGACGGAGGCACGCCUCAAGGAAUAGGUUCUCCUAGUGUUUAUCAUGCGGUUAUCGUCAUCUUUUUGGAGUUUUUUGCUUGGGGAUUAUUGACAGCACCCACCUUGGUGGUAUUACAUGAAACCUUUCCUAAACAUACAUUUCUGAUGAAUGGCUUAAUUCAAGGAGUAAAGGGUUUGUUGUCAUUCCUCAGUGCCCCACUUAUUGGUGCUCUUUCUGAUGUUUGGGGCCGGAAAUCCUUCUUGCUGCUAACAGUAUUUUUCACGUGUGCCCCAAUUCCUUUAAUGAAGAUCAGCCCAUGGUGGUACUUCGCUGUUAUCUCUGUUUCUGGGGUUUUUGCAGUAACUUUCUCCGUGGUAUUUGCAUAUGUAGCAGAUAUAACCCAAGAACAUGAAAGAAGUAUGGCAUAUGGACUGGUGUCAGCAACAUUUGCCGCAAGUCUGGUAACCAGCCCUGCAAUCGGAGCUUACCUUGGACGAGUAUACGGGGACAGCUUGGUGGUGGUCCUGGCCACAGCAAUAGCGUUGCUAGAUAUUUGUUUUAUCCUUGUUGCUGUGCCGGAGUCGUUGCCUGAGAAGAUGCGGCCAGCAUCGUGGGGAGCACCCAUUUCCUGGGAACAGGCUGACCCCUUUGCGUCCUUAAAAAAAGUGGGCCAAGAUUCCAUAGUGCUGCUAAUCUGCAUUACGGUGUUUCUCUCCUACCUACCGGAGGCAGGCCAAUAUUCCAGCUUCUUUUUAUACCUCAGACAGAUAAUGAAGUUUUCACCAGAAAGUGUUGCAGCAUUUAUAGCAGUCCUUGGCAUUCUUUCCAUUAUUGCACAGACCAUAGUCUUGAGUUUACUUAUGCGGUCAAUCGGAAAUAAGAACACCAUUUUAUUGGGUCUUGGAUUUCAAAUAUUACAGCUGGCAUGGUAUGGCUUUGGCUCAGAACCUUGGAUGAUGUGGGCUGCUGGGGCAGUAGCAGCCAUGUCUAGCAUUACCUUUCCAGCUGUCAGUGCCCUUGUGUCACGAACUGCUGAUGCUGAUCAACAAGGUGUUGUUCAAGGAAUGAUAACAGGAAUUCGAGGACUGUGCAAUGGUCUGGGACCAGCUCUUUAUGGAUUCAUUUUCUACAUAUUCCAUGUGGAACUUAAAGAACUGCCAAUGACAGGAACAGACUUGGGAACAAACACAAGCCCACAGCACCACUUUGAACAGAAUUCGAUCAUCCCUGGCCCCCCCUUCCUCUUUGGAGCCUGUUCCGUACUGCUGGCUCUGCUUGUUGCCUUGUUUAUUCCAGAACAUACCAAUUUAAGCUUGCGGUCCAGCAGCUGGAGAAAGCACUGUGGUGGUCACAGCCACCCCCAUAGUACACAAGCGCCAGGAGAGGCCAAAGAACCUUUACUCCAGGACACGAACGUGUGAUGACUGAAAUCAGGAAGACUUUUCUACCACACCCAGGUCUUAGUUUUCACCUGUAGUUCUGGAUGUACAUUCCAUUUCCAUCUCAAUGUACUUUAAGAUUGUCUUAAGAAAUGUAUCUGCAUGAACUCGUGGGAACUAAAGAAAGAACCAGAACCGGACAGUUUUCCAAAGAUGUUACAAUUUCUUUUGAAAAGAAACCUUUUGUUUAUUAGCACCAAUUUCUUGCCACUAAGCUUUUUUGUUUUAUUAUACAUCCUUUAAUUAAAAACUAUAUACGUACCUUCUUAGAUACUAGCAACGUCUCUGCUACCAUUUCCUUCAGGUGUUGAGCUUUAACUCUAUGCUGACUCACAGUGAGACAGAGUAGGUAGUACGGUUAUGGACCUGUUAGUUUUAACAUUGUAAAAUCUUGGGUCAAAUAAUUCAAAGCCUUAAUGCAGAUGCACUAAAGUAAAGAAAUGGUAAAUGAACUGUUUGCAUUUAAAAAAAGAAAAAAACUUAAGAAAAUUGUACUAAAUCUGAAUCAUGUUUUAAGCUUGUUUGUAGUAAUUUUAUUUUAAAAACAUUCACCACGGUUUUUGAAAUGAGAAAGUAUCAGCCAUUUAGAAUUUAAAUUGGGGUAGAGUCUGUAAAUCUAAACACUGGCUCGAAUUUGUUUCCCCAGCUAUUUCUACCACUAUUCUUUUAAUGUUUGCAUAAUCAUAAGAACCUCAACACUUGAAUACAUAAUCUAAAAUUAUAUAGUAAAGCUGGUAGCCUUGAAAAUGUCAAUGUGAUAUCUGUAUGUAGAUAAAUAUAUAUAGUGGCCUUUCAGGACUGUCACAGUAACACUUUAUUUACAGAGCUAAUGUUUGUCCUAAAUUUUCAGGACCCUAGAAGAGAGCUUUAUACAAUUCCUGAUGUGAAUUUCUCUAAAGUGUAUAUUUUUGUGUCCAGUUAUAUUAUUUAAAAAAGUGUUACUUUGUAAAAAUUGUACAUAAAGUAUUGUAUAGUUUA